UAGAAAACUGUGUUAAAAAUUAUUACCGGGCAGGAGUAACAAUUCUACCCACAUGGUGACAUUAUGUGCCAGUUAAAUAUGUAGUAAUGCUAUGGUUGUGAAAAAUUUGCAUACCACUCAGCAACAAACUACUACCAUUCCGGUAGGAAAUUAUUACCAAAUUAAUGAAGAUGAUGGUGAGUAAAUGUGACUCAAUAUACCGUAUUUUUGACAGUGUACUUGUAGAUAUUUGCAAUUUGUGCAAUGGCAAUAAUGCAAAUAAAUAUGUACAUACUUACCUUACAAAACUCUUCAGACAGAAUAUUUAGGUUUUGUGUGUUUGGUAUGCAGUUAUUAUUUUUCUAUGAUUUAAAUUAAAUAACUUAAGAAGAAGCGUGUGAAAUAUUUAUUUACUUUUUUUACUGGCCAGAUGCUGCGUCAGCUUCGUGGUAUCCAUGGUAACAGUGUGAUUGAUGCAUAUUUUUUUGUUAGAAAUGGUUAUUUACUUGUAAAUACAUACAUAUGUGCAGUUACUCGCUAAAAUUGUCAGCGCAUAAAAAUUCAGAAUGCAGCAGUGGUGAAAAUUUUGUACAGAUACAAGUUUACGAUUUAUAAACUUUGGUAUUCAUAAUUUGCUUGAAUAUUGAAUACAAAAUGUUGGUCAUGCGAAAAACUUGCUUGCCAUGUCCUAAUCGAAUGCUUCCCAGUAGGCAAUUCGAGGGUCGAAAUCGCAGCGAUACCAGCGAAUUUAGGGCGACUUCGCUGCAGAGAAAAGUCGCUUCGACUUCGACGCCGACUCCACGUAGAAUUCUGUACGACUUCGUAGCGAAAGAUGCAACACCGAAAUACAUACGAAAUUUCGCUACGAAGUCGUAGAAGUAAACUCGUUGCUCCUUCGAGUAGAGAAUAAGCUCGUCGAAUUCGUAGCGAAUUCUCAGAGAAUUCCGAGCAAAAAUCGAACCAAGUAUUUCAGCUGCGACUUCUGAGCGAAUUCGCACCGACUUCUCUCCGCCUCCUGCCACAGCAUAAUUAUAUGUGGUAGUCUGGUUUCAACCUUCAUUAUGAGCACACGUGAUCAUCGCCCUGAGCAUCUGCUGAGUAAAAGAUCUCAACGACGAAUAAUUUCUAACAAAAUUAAUAAUUUCUUUAAAAGCCUGCAAACUGGAAGUGAAGAAAUUAAUAAUCCAUGUAACGUGCAAGUACAUAUUAAUUCAGAAUUAGGACAAGAUAGUGAAGUGACGAGUGAUUUGGAAUUAUUGGGCGCCGGUUCACCGAAUCAGUCCAUUCAAAUUUUUGAAAACGUCAGCUCUCCAGAUAACAAUUUAAGUGACUUUACACCCUGCAUUCCAAUCGAGGACAAAAAUUAUUUAUUAGAAAUCAGGAAGUGGGUUGUAAGUAAUAACAUUACUAGAAACGCUACUUCGGAAUUAUUAGAAAUUUUAAAAUCUCAUGAGUGUUUUAAAAAUUUUCCUAAGGAUGCAAGGACAUUGCUAGAGACACCCAAAGUUACAAAUACUAUUCCUGUGGGGAAAGGUGAAUUUUCAUAUUUCGGUGUAAGUGCAGGAUUAAUUAAAUUUUUGGAUUGCAAUCCUCUCGUAGCUGAAGUUAAUUUGCAAAUUAAUAUAGACGGAAUUCCAUUAUUUAAAAGUUGUAGUAAGCAAUUUUGGCCAAUAUUAGUAUCACCCUUUAAUACAAAUUACGUUUUUGCUGCUGCCAUUUUUUGUGGUGACGAAAAACCAUCCAAUUUAGAAGAAUAUCUUCAUGAUUUUAUACUUGAACUUAACCAACUAUGUGUAGAAGGUUUAAAUCACAACGGGAAGAAAUACAAGAUCAAAAUCAAGAAUUUUGUUUGUGAUGCACCUGCCCGUUCUUUUGUGACUGCAAUUAAAAAUCACACGGGGUAUUAUGGGUGUGGCAAAUGUGAGACUAAGGGAAGUUACAUAAAUCAUCGCGUAGUGUUUACCAAAACAAAUGUAGUUCUGAGAACAAAUGAAUCUUUUCGCCAACAAUCCCAAAGCCGUCAUCAUCAUGCACCUUCACCUUUACUUGAACUGCCUAUUGACAUGGUCAAUGAUUUCGUUUUUGAGUACAUGCAUCUUGUAUGCUUAGGCGUCACUAAAAAAUUAUUAAAAUUGUGGACAGACGGCCCAAGGGCACCAUACAGGUUACGACAUGCAGAAACUGAACAAAUCUCGAGCAGAUUGGAAAGUAUUAAAUUAACAAAGGAGUUUGCUCGUAAGCCAAGAACAUUGAAGGAACGCGAUAGGUAUAAAGCGUCGGAAUUGAGAACGUUUCUUCUGUACACAGGCCCUGUAGUUUUGAGGGACAUUUUACCAGCAAAAUUCUACCACAAUUUUCUAGUAUUGUCUGUAGCAAUUAGAAUUCUUUUAAAACCACACCAAACAGAAUCAAAUAUUGAUUAUGCUGGCAACCUCUUGACCUUUUUUGUGGAAAACUUUAAGGAGCUGUACGGACGAGAAAACGUGUCUUACAAUGUCCACGGAUUAAUUCAUUUGGCGGCAGAUGUCAAACAUCACGGAUCAUUAGAUGAAUUUAGCGCUUUUCGUUUUGAGAAUUACCUGGGGAAAAUUAAAAGAUUAAUUAAAAGUGCAAAAUUUCCUCUCCAACAAAUUCAUAGGAGGCUGACUGAACAAAGUUGUACCCUCGAGCUCUUUGAUAAUUCAAAAAACAUUACUUCUAACACAUCCCAACAGUCGAAAGAAAUUACAUUUAAAAAUACCAAAAUUUCUGUAAAGUUCCCAAAUAAUAUUGUACUUCUUAAAAGUGAACAAAUCUUACUUAUUAGCAAAAUUGUGACUGAAGUGGAUAAAGUUUUUCUCGCCGGAAAUAUCGUUUCCGCUCCAAAAAAUUAUUUUCAAUAUCCUUGCGACUCUAAAUACGUUUUAGUUUUCAGAGUGAACUUAAAGAAGGUUGACACUACCGAACUUUUAAUCCCUAUGUCCGAGGUGUCUCAUAAAUGUGUUUGUGUUCCCCUCAGUAAAAGUGAGAAAUUUGUGCUGUUCCCACUAAUUCAUUCGGAGGACUGAAAAUGGAUCAAUCAAAUUCAACCCAUGCCAUUGUCCACUUCCCAUCUGACAACACAGUAGAAAUUGUUCCAAUAAAUUGGAUUAACGACCAGGCAACGCAUUGCCAAUUUCCACCAUCAGGAGAGAAAGGGGUUAAGAAAAUAAAAAAGAAAGGCGGUGUGCCAUUACCCCAUUGGGCCACAUAUGAAAUCACGAUACUAAAAUACUUUGCAUCCUACAAUGCAGCUGCUGAACAACUUCCAAAGGCAAUAACCGGCAACAAGUUAAGCGAUUCUGAAAUACAGACCGGAACUAGAAGUAAAAUGUCGUCGACUACCUUUUCUUCAACCCUACCCGUACCCCCACAAGUAACGACUCAUCGUACUGAAAUAGUUUCUUCUUUGGAAUCAGGAAAUGAAAAUGGGGAGACGACUUUCGUUCUUCCACCUGAAUUUGGUGGCAGCUUAAUAUUGGUAUCGCCAGAGGGACAGGAAUACGCACAAAACAUCGCAAACACAGAGACAAAUAAUUCCAAUUCGCCUAAUUUCAUCAAUAAUGAAAUCAUGAAGGAAAUUUUGGUACAAGUUCAUCAAAUAAAAGUAACUCAAAAUGAGCACGGACGAAGGCUGACUAAUAUCCAGAAUUUGUUGAGCAACCGAGACCGCAACCCCCCAGUGAAUCCAUCAUAUUCUUUUCCAAGGCAAUUUUUCCCCCUAAAAAGUAAGGAAAGCUUGAAAGCUUUGGAGGAAAUCUUGAAGGAUCCUGCUCCCAAGAUAGCAUUGGUAAUACUCAACCAUCUUUUUUUCAUUAUUACAAAAAAUACUUUCUGA